UACUAUACAAAGAAUUUGAAAUUUGAAGUUUUAUCCGAUUUUUGAGGUCGAAAUGACCCACAAUUUGGAUGCCUUCGAUGUUGUGAUGGAAGAAAUUGGCUUCGGCAAGGUGCAUCUAUACGCAAUGAUCACCAAUGGCCUGUUGCAGAUGAUGACCAUACAUGAAACUAUGGGGAUGGGUAUUGUGGCGCCGGCGGCUGUCUGUGACCUACACAUGAAUCUCGUCCAGCUGUCCACUAUAACAGCUGCUGGCUUUAUGGGCAUUAUUUGUUCGUCAUACUUCUGGGGCUACAUCACCGAUAAGAUGGGGCGACGUUGGAUAUUGCUGCGCACAAUAUCCAUAAGCAACAUUUGUUCGAUCAUUUCCAUGUUCAUGUUCAGCUUCACCAGUUUCUUCAUCAUGCGAUUUCUAACCGGUAUUUUUGUGGCGGGUCCAAGCUUUGUCGCCGUCACUUACCUAAGCGAGUUCUGCAACAAGCAGAUUCUCGCCCGUGUCAUCACUUACAUGUACAUGUUUACUGGCUUCGCUAUGCUCUACACGCCUUCAAUGGCCACGCUAUUCUUGGCCACAAAACAGACGGACUUCGAGGUGCCCCUUUGGGGGAACUUGACGUACAGACCCUGGCGUUUGCUCGGCGCCAUGUUCAUGCUGCCGGGCGUUAUUGCUUUCUUCAUGCUGCUGGCCAUGCCGGAGAGCCCCAAGUUUCUGUUUAUGAAUGGUGAUACCAAGCAAGGCCUGGCCGCCAUGGAUUGGGUGAGCAAAAGGAAUACUGGACAUCCCUUGACACCGGCCCAGGUGGCCCUGAUGAUAAAAUACCAGGCCGGCGCUGAGAGGAAGCGAAAAAAGGCCAGCAGCAACUUGAUACAAACGAUGUUCAACGACGCCAUGCCGCUCUUUCGCAAGCCAUACGUUGUCUUCUACAUCGGAUGUAAUCUAGUGAUGUUUACUCUGGGCCUGAUCGCCAACGGUUUGGGUCUGUGGUACACGGCCAUGCGAAAUCGCAUUAAUAUGCGCGGCGGCGACAAGUCGGACCUAAGCUUCUGCGAACUGCUGUUUGGCGAGUGCACCAUCGAGGCUUUAGAGGAAAGUGAGCCAGAGAUAACUGUGGCCUGCAACGACGGAUUUAUGGGCUUCAACGACUCCAUCACGCUGGGCAUUACGUACAUCAUACUGUACAAGGCGUGUUGGGUCCUCCUUUAUUUCAUACCACGGAAGGUGCUCUUCAUCGCAGCACUAGUCAUCUCGUCCACUUGCGGAUUCAGCAUGAUCUUUGUGACUCAGCCCACGCUGCAGCUUUUCUGCUUUGUAUUCUUCAUCGCCUUCCCUGGUGUGGUUGUCAGCCUACUGGGCGGCGCGCUUCUCGAGUUUGUGCCCACACAACUGCGUGGCAAAGCCCUCUGCAUUAGUCUGAUGUGGUGCCGCUGGGGCGCCGUCGUUGGCACCACCUUCAUUGGCAUCAACGUGGAGUCGCAUUGUGAGGUCACCUUCAUGUUGAUAGCCAUCUUUCCACUGUUAUCCGCCAGCAUUGAGAGCUUUCUUCCGCUGUAGCCGCUUGGAGAGAGAUAAGGAAUGAAGAGCGAGUUGUAAACAAAAUGUGAUUUUUAUUUAUCAAGUGCUUGCAAGUAACUUUAAUGUAU